GAGCUUCCCACGUCGUCAUUCAGCACCUCGUUUCUCGCAGUCGGCACCUCGUCCAGGUAGAUCAGCUUGGCAGGCUCGGAGUGGCUCUCUCGCAAUUGUUCGUCGCCAGCUUCUUUCGUUGAGCCCACGCUGCUGAGGUCCGCAGUAUGAUUCUGCGUGUGUGCUACAGGCGCAACGCUCAGCAGCCUUGCAUCGCAGGACCGCGGUCCCCUUGAAGUUUCAUUCAUUGAGCUGGCGGUCCUCAAGAUGGAGCCCGUUGAGAAACCACGAAGCCUCUCGCCCGCCAGUCCCCGGGUCGAUGACGUCUCGAAGAAGCGCAAGCUCUCUCCGGAGCCCUCUCAGACCAGCGAGGCGAGCCGGUCGCCAAAAAGAAGCAGACCAGACGGCCAUGCCCGAUCACCCACGUACGACGCAGCACCACCAGGUAACGGCGCGCCGCGAUCACCACCAUCGUCCACUACCGGACCUGAUCGCGCCCGGCCGAGCCGCGAGGAGUCGCUGCAGGAGGAGAAGAAGCGCGGGAAACGCCUAUUCGGCGGCAUCCUUGGGACUCUGAGCCGCUCCGCACCCAGCACGCACCAAAAGAGGCGCCAGGAUAUCGAGCGGAGGCAGCAAGAGCGCGCGCACCAGCAGAGAGCCGACGAUGAUAAGCUGAGGGGCGAGAAUCUUGCGAAGCUCAAGAAGAUUCGUCAAGUUGAACAGAUCAAGUUUGACGAGCAGGUUAUGAGGACGAGGCAUAACGACUUGCUAGCGAAGGCGCAUUUUCUGAGAACAAAAAGCGAGCCUAGUGUGUAUUACCUUCCCUGGAGACCAACAGAGGCUCAGGAGGAAGCGAUUGCGAAGCAGACCCGUGAUAUCGAAGAGCUCAUUCAACGAGAGCAGGACGUAUUCACGCGGCGCAGGGAACAACGUUUGAAAGACUUGGGGGUUUGGCGAAAAUCGGCGGCUCAAGAAAUCGGCCCGAGGCAUAAAGACAACGACGACGAGAACGAGGAGCAAGAGUUGCUUUCUGGCACUAAAGAUAGCGGAGAUACGAAAUUCAGGCCACGAGAAGAGUCUGCCACAGAGCCUGUUGCUGUCCCAGACUCAGGACACGAAGCUGAAGAGGCGGAGACUGGAGAAGUAAUGGUGGAAAAUGACGAGGACAUGGUCAUCUACUAGCUAUGCAUUAGGAUCCAUGACUGUCAGGAUCCAGAUGUACUCGAGAGCAUCCCGCUGGAUAGUCUUGUCUCGGCCUGGGGAAUGCAAGUUGGUAAUACUGCGCUUGUCCCAGCAUCGAACGAGGUCUCACUGGUA